AAAUUCGAAUUCGACCGUUGCCCAGAAACCAUCUUAAUUCAAUUUCAACCUCUCUUAGUUCCCCAUCUGUUUUUUGCAAAUUCCAUGGCAACUCCAGGGGUUUCUCUUUCUCUAUUCUCCUUCUUCUUCUAGUCUUUCGUUUUCUUUCAGUUUCUAAGCUCAUCCUUUCAUUUGAUUUCUUUCCCAGAAGCCCAGAAACAAAAAAAAACAAAAAAAAAAGGAGUCUGAAAUUAGUUUUGAAAAAUGGUGAAAUCGGCUUCUUCGCCUUCUUCAUCUCCGGUGACUAUUACGGUUUCUUCAGGAGGUAAAGGAGGAGGGAUCAGAAGCAUGGGUUUGACUAGCCCAGUUUCACGUGCUUCCAUAUCCAACAACCCCAAUUCCCCUCUUAGUAGUAGCAGGGCAAAUCGGAGGGCCUCCAGCGGUGGGAAAUAUGCCUCAAUGUCCAAAGAUGAUGGUAUAGAGGAAAUCAAUUCCGAAUUUGUUUCAUACACUGUACAUAUUCCUCCAACCCCAGAUCACCAUCCCAUUUCGUCCUCUCAAACUAGCCUCCCCGAAGACGGAACCUCCUCCUUUAAACCGGAGAGAAGUUACAUUUCCGGUACUAUCUUCACCGGAGGGUUCAAUUCGGUGACUCGUGGCCACGUUAUCGAGUGCUCCAUGGAGAAGCAGGAGCCGGUCAAAUUGGGCUUGGUUUGUGAGAUGAAAGGUUGCGAUGAGAAAGCGAUCAAGGAAAGAAACGCUCCGUGUGUAUGUGGAUUCAAGAUUUGCAGAGAAUGUUACAUGGACUGUGUUGGAAAUGGAGGUCGUUGUCCUGGUUGCAAAGAACAUUACAAGGAAGUGAGCGAUACUGAUGAAGAUGAUGAUCCUAGCUCUGAAGCUGAAGACCAGGCCUUGCCGUUGCCUUCCAUGGCUGAUGUUAAGCUUGACAAAAGACUUUCACUUGUGAAAUCUUUCAAGGCUCAAAACCAUCCCCCAGAUUUCGAUCACAACCGUUGGCUUUUCGAGACGAAGGGAACUUAUGGUUAUGGAAAUGCAGUGUGGCCUAAAGAUGGAUACGGCGUCGGUUCGGGGGCUAAUGGGUUCGAACACCCUCCGGAUUUCGGAGAGAGGAGUAGACGGCCUUUGACCAGGAAGGUUGGGGUGUCUGCUGCAAUUCUGAGUCCAUAUAGAUUACUCAUUGUGAUACGUCUUGUGGCUCUGGGAUUCUUUCUUACAUGGAGGAUUCGACAUCCCAAUCGCGAAGCAAUGUGGUUAUGGGGAAUGUCAACAGUAUGUGAGCUAUGGUUUGCACUUUCAUGGAUUCUAGAUCAGCUACCCAAGCUGUGCCCUAUAAACAGAGUCACAGACCUUUCUGUUCUUAAGGAGAGGUUCGAGUCCCCAAACCUUAGGAACCCCAAAGGGCGAUCUGACCUUCCAGGGAUUGAUGUUUUCGUUUCCACGGCAGACGCGGAGAAAGAACCUCCACUUGUCACUGCCAACACCAUUCUUUCAAUCCUCGCCGUCGAUUAUCCGGUGGAAAAAGUAGCCUGUUACUUGUCCGAUGAUGGUGGUUCCCUUCUGACAUUUGAAACGCUUGCUGAGACCGCUAGUUUCGCCAGAAUUUGGGUCCCUUUUUGCCGUAAGCAUGGGAUUGAACCGAGGAAUCCCGAGGCCUACUUUGGGCAGAAGCGAGAUUUCCUCAAGAACAAAGUGAGGCUUGAUUUUGUAAGGGAAAGGAGGAGGGUUAAGAGAGAAUAUGACGAAUUCAAAGUGAGGAUAAAUUCACUACCAGAUUCUAUAAGGAGAAGAUCCGAUGCUUAUAAUGCCCAUGAAGAGCUCCGAGCAAAGAAGAAACAGAUGGAAAUGGGUGGCAAUCUCUCAGAAUCUGUUAAGGUUGCAAAGGCUACUUGGAUGUCUGAUGGCUCUCAUUGGCCUGGAACUUGGGCUUCAGGAGAGGCAGACCAUUCAAGAGGUGACCACGCUGGUAUAAUUCAGGCAAUGUUAGCUCCACCCAAUGCAGAACCUGUUUAUGGAGCAGAGGCUGAUGGUGAGAACUUGUUAGACACAACAGAAGUGGAUAUUAGAUUGCCAAUGUUGGUUUACGUAUCUCGCGAAAAGAGGCCAGGUUAUGACCACAACAAGAAAGCAGGAGCGAUGAAUUCUUUAGUUCGAACCAGCGCAAUCAUGUCAAAUGGUCCAUUCGUCCUUAAUCUUGACUGUGAUCAUUACAUUUACAACUCGGUGGCUCUUAGAGAAGGAAUGUGUUUUAUGCUUGAUAGAGGAGGUGAUAGGAUUUGUUAUGUGCAGUUUCCACAAAGGUUUGAAGGGAUUGAUCCAAAUGAUCGCUACGCAAAUCACAAUACAGUGUUCUUUGAUGUCAGUAUGAGGGCUUUUGAUGGUUUGCAGGGUCCAAUGUAUGUAGGGACAGGCUGCAUUUUCAGGAGAACUGCUCUUUAUGGGUUUAGUCCUCCUAGAGCUACAGAACACCAAGGCUGGUUUGGCAGAAAGAAAAUGAAGCUGUUCCUAAGAAAACCCAAGAAGUCAUCAAAGAAGGAAGAGGAUGAGGUGGUGGUUUUGCCUAUCAAUGGGGAACAUAAUGAUGAUGAUGAUGAUGCAGAUAUUGAGUCCUUGCUUCUCCCAAAAAGGUUCGGAAACUCUACUACUCUGGCUGCAUCAAUCCCAAUUGCAGAAUACCAAGGGAGGCUGCUUCAAGAUCUACAAGGGAAAGGUAACCAAGGAAGGCCAGCAGGCUCUCUUGCCGUGCCUCGUGAGCCAUUAGAUGCUGCAACUGUAGCUGAGGCAAUAAGUGUGAUCUCUUGCUUUUAUGAGGACAAAACUGAGUGGGGGAAAAGGGUGGGAUGGAUUUACGGUUCUGUGACAGAAGAUGUGGUAACUGGUUACAGAAUGCAUAACAGAGGAUGGAGGUCAGUGUACUGCGUCACUAAACGGGACGCAUUUCGAGGGACUGCUCCGAUCAAUCUAACAGACAGGCUCCACCAAGUUCUUAGAUGGGCAACAGGAUCUGUUGAGAUCUUCUUUUCGAGGAACAAUGCAUUAUUUGCUAGUCGCCGAAUGAAAUUCUUGCAGAGGGUGUCAUAUUUCAAUGCGGGAAUGUACCCUUUCACAUCUUUGUUUCUCAUAGUUUAUUGCUUCCUGCCAGCAGUUUCUCUAUUUUCAGGGCAGUUUAUAGUCCAAUCCUUGAGUGUAACCUUUCUAGUUUUCCUUUUGGCGAUAACUAUAACCUUGUGCAUGCUUGCACUCCUUGAAAUCAGAUGGGCUGGAAUCACACUUCAUGACUGGUGGCGAAAUGAACAGUUUUGGUUGAUUGGUGGAACCAGCGCCCAUCCUGCUGCUGUUUUACAAGGUAUAUUGAAGGUUAUAGCAGGAGUUGAUAUCUCAUUCACGUUGACCUCUAAAUCUGCCACACCGGACGAUGCAGAUGAUGAAUUUGCCGAUCUAUAUGUAGUUAAGUGGAGCUUCUUAAUGAUUCCUCCAAUCACAAUCAUGAUGGUGAACAUGAUUGCAAUUGCCGUAGGAGUGGCAAGGACGAUAUACAGCCCAUUUCCACAGUGGAGCAAACUCAUUGGAGGGGUUUUCUUCAGCUUAUGGGUGUUGUGCCAUCUCUACCCUUUUGCGAAGGGGUUGAUGGGAAGGAGAGGAAAAGUGCCAACCAUAGUCUUUGUGUGGUCUGGAUUGCUCUCCAUCAUUAUUUCUUUGCUUUGGGUGUACAUAAGCCCUCCUUCUGGAAGGCAAGAUUACAUGAAGUUCCAGUUCCCUUGAUGUUGAUGAGUCUCCUAGGAAACAAAGACGAAGUUUCUCAACUUCAAGCUGUAGCUAGAUAGAUAUUCUUUGCUUCCCAUUAUGAUAUGUACUUGGCUUGCACUUUUAUUUUUUUUAUUUUUUAUUUUUUAGUUUGGAAUGCAUUAGAGGAGUUUUUUCUGCUUUUCUCCAAAUCAUUGUCCUUGUAAACUAAGCAACUCUUAUGAAUUUUCAGUCAGAAAAGGGUACCAAAUUUUUUUUGUUGUUCCCACAAAUAA